AUGGACGUAGUGGAUUUCGAAGAUACCAAGUAUGUGGACCCCACCAACUCUCAUUCAAGAAAUAGAGCCUUCCGUUUCGGUCUCUGCUGCAAAAGCUUGAACAGGGACUUGCGGCGGAUCUCUUUGGGCCAACACCAUGCAUCAACGGGAGUCCGGCUCCGUUACAAAGUAACUGCGAAAGAGAAGUCGGUGCUCGACUCCAGCCAGCUCUACUCCGACUACAGUUCUAUAAAGAGAGGGAAAGUGGGAGGAUGGGGAGGAUCAACCGAGUCGGAAAUUUCUCCAAGGCCAGUCCUUUCUCUCUCUAUCAUCGUUUCCUUGAAAGAAGAAAAAGAAAAGAAAAAUCAAAAUCAAAAGCGCUCGUAUUUCGAUCAGACAGAGGCGAGCAAUUUAAUCUCUCUUUUCCUCGUUUUGGAUCUUCGAUUGGAGGAAUCGAAACGAAGAAGAAGCUCGAUCUUACAGGGGCCUAUUGUUACCACAAUCCGAGCUUACCUGACACCUCAUCCAAUGAAGGAACUUCGAAUAAAGGAUUUUGAUGUUCGAGAGUUUGCUAUAUCAGUUGCUGGCAGAUCGUCUGAAAAGAAUCCAGCAUAUGUUCUGCCUGCACUUCGUCGCCAUCUCAUACAAUUGUUGAUGCAUCUUGAGCAAAGGUAAUCUGAAAGAUAUCUACUUGCCAAUAAUAUUAUUGAUUUAUGGGGAAAUGGAUGCCCUUUUAUUUGUUUCACAUCAUUAUCUUUGAAAUAUUCAGAUCACAACUUUUCUCUUCCAUACA